AUGUCUCCUCGAAUUGCCUAUUCUUUGAUUCAAUCUUUAAAAACUAAAAUUCUUCCUAAACAGGAUUUUAUCAGACUCACUCAAUGGGCUACUAGAACCAUGAAAAUAAGACCGUCAUUAGUUUAUAUUCCUACACGUCUUCCAACUACUGUAAUAGGAGAUAUUCAUGGACAAUAUGAAGAAGUUAUACAAGUAUUUUCACAAGGAAUAAAUAAUCGUCAAUACUUAUUUAAUGGAGAUUAUGUUGAUCGAGGUAAACAAGGAAUUGAAGUUAUUACAGCACUAAUGGGAGCACUUUGUUCUUCACCAGAAACAAUAUUUCUUGCACGUGGUAAUCAUGAAGACCCUGAACUACAUUGGAUGUAUGGAUUCAAAAAUGAAUGUUUAGGUAAAUAUGAUACUGAAACAUAUCAAGUUAUUUGUGAAUUUUUCAAAUCACUUCCUUAUGCACAUGUAAUAGGUACUUCUGUUUUUGUUGUUCAUGGAGGUAUUCCACCACAACCAAUUACACUGAAUGAUAUCAAUAACUUACCUCGAGGAAAUAUUUUUAUGCAAGAUGCCAAUAUACCAGAGUUAGCAGCAAAUUUACUUUGGUCAGACCCUCAAAACAAUGAAGGUACUUGUAGUUCUAUUCGUGGCAUUGGAUGUAAAUUUGGUCCAGACAUUGUUAAUCGUUUCUUAAGUGAUAAUAAUUUGUCAUUAAUUAUAAGAAGUCAUGAAGUUAAAACUCAAGGAUUUGAAUAUACAGACAACCAUAAAGUUCUUACUAUAUUUAGUGCUAGUCAUUAUGGAGGUGGAAAAAAUAAUGCAGCUGUUGCACAAGUUAUGUUUACUUCUAACUUUAGGUCACCAAAAGUUGAUAUUGUUGUAUUAGGUCAUAGAGUAUUGCCAGUAAAUUCAGAAACACCCCACCAAGUAAUAUUAGCAAUAUUAGCAAUUAUUUUUAUUGUUCUUGUUGAUUAUUUAAUGGUGAUGCUUUCAUAA